UAGUUUAAUUUUGUAAUACUAUCCUACUGUUUUAUGUUGUUAUUUUUAGAUAACAUAUACUUUGAGAUUUGUCGUUCUUUGGAUCAAUCACUCAACAAUUAAAUUGUCUUUAGCAUUGUUGUAUAAGUUACUUGGAUUUUCAUUGGAAUGGCUACUAUUAGUAAAAUAAGCCAGAUAGCCUAAUUUUAACUGGAAGAUGAUAUGGUAGACUCGAUUGAAUUAUCUGUUUAGCUUGUUGAAUAAUUAAUUGAAAUUUAAAAAAAUAAUGUCUGACGAUGAAGAAAUUAUAUUUAAACAUAAUGACCUUUGUAAUCAUCUGAUCAAUCAAGGCUAUUUCGAUUUUGAAACAUUUAGCCCUACAACUGGUCCGACAUCAAAAACUUUAAAUCUUCUAAACACUGAAGACUCACAAACUAAAAUAGACAGUUGUUUUCGCAAUUCCCUGAAAAAGUCCAUAACUUUAUCUCAGUUUCAAUUAAAACAAUUAGAAAUACUGCGCAAAAGUAAACUGUUGUUCAAUGAAGAUGCCGAUGAUAUUGAAACUGCCAUUGAAAAUAGUUAUGUUAAUAAAUCCAAAUCAAAGUGGUUUUGGCACUUAAGUACUGUAGCUGGUUUCUUUUGCUCAAUUACUUUGCGCAAAAAAGGUACUAUGUUUUAUUUACCUUUUGGAAUAACAAUUUUCUUAACAGCUUAUUUGCUCAAGCAUUUUUUUGAAGACAGUAAGAAGACAGAAAACUGUAGAAAGCUUGAACAACAUGUGCAUCUUUUGCAAAGUUUGUGUUUGGAUAUACAGAAACUUCUCCGUUUUGUGAAAGAAACAGAAAUAUUAAGUAAAAAGAUUGAGUACCAGUCAACACUUUAUAAGCCCAUACUGGCUAUACCAAUAGAUGAACACAACAAACAGUACUUAGAAAGAACUCAAUCCCACCUAAGAAAAUGUUUAUUAGAUUCAUUGGCUGAUGUAAUUGCAAUUCUAACUAGUUCUUAUGAUUAUUUACAGAAACAGUUACCCGAUGAUAUGCCUACAUCAGGUAGCGAUAACAUUGAUUGUUUUAUUAAGAACCAGAUAUUAAAUCCUAAACAUUGUACAUCGUUGGAAGAGUUACAGAUCCUUAACAAGACUUAUUUGUCCUUGCAGUCUGAUUACCUUAAACUAAUUUCAUUUUAUGUUUGUCCUGAGAUGUUCGGCUGUUUUCAUUAUUUAAGAAACAAAAUCAGUGAAGUUUUACAUUUUUGUCAUAGUUUAGAAUCAAAACUAAGAAAUAUUUCAUUUCGGCUUAAAAUGCAGUACGCUAUUAAUAACAUUUACUCUGUUACACAUACAUCUUGUAAACAGAGGCCGCUGAUUGUAAAUCACAACCAAUUAGGCCUAAGUAAAAUACAAGUGGAAGUUCACAAUAUAUUUUUGCUUAUACUGUCUAUGUUACUUAGGGUGAGGAAUGUAGAGGAAUAUUUGGAAAUGAUACCAGGUGAUGAUUUUGAUGAUCAAAAUGGAAUAGCAGUCGGUGUACAAAAGCAGCUAGACACCCUCAGACAUGAUCUUGCCUCCACCUCAAAAUGUUUUGAUCUUAUUUCCCGACAGUUAAGUAACGGAGAUACAAAUCAAAGUAAAUCCACCCCUGAUGAAGUUGAUGAAAAUAUUGCUGCUCCAACCCAAACAAUUAAUGCAACAAAUAUUGUUGUUGGUGCAUCUGAUUUUAGCGUCAAUUCACCUGAUGAGGUUUUCAUAGCCAUUUCUGGUCUUGGUAAUGAAGAAAUAGAACUUGACAGUGACGAUUACUUUGAGAAGAAACCUCAACUUCCUGUAAACCUAAUGUUGGAACUUUCAGACAGAUUGAAGUCCAGGAAACAACAGUUUAAUGCAAGGGAAAAAGCUGCAUUGGCUAGAGACGGUCUUCUAGAUUUUCCAGACAAUCCUAUUGAAGGAAUAGCGCAUGUUGGAGAAACCAAUUUCAGAGCUGUAAAACAAUUGAGUGAGUCUUUUGGAAGUUCGAUAAAAGAAAGUGAAUCGUUAAUUAAUGAUGUUGAAUUUGAAAUAUGCUAUGACCAAAUCAAACAGUAUAAGCCAAGGGUAGAAUACUCUGAUUCAGAAUCUGACAGCCAGGAUUCAAAUGGAACUGAAAGAGUCAGAGACACUCCUCCUAUAAAUCAACUUUCUCUGGCAAACAUGGCAGCCAUGAAAUCUCAGUUUUGGAGAAAUACUGCAGACGAAGAAUGCUUCAGUGAUGGUUAAUUUUAACCAUUACUUAUUUAACAUUAUUUAAUGUACCAAGACUGUUUAAAAACAUUUCAAGAAUUCCAGGAAUUGUAAUGAAGAGAGUAAAGAAAUUACACGAAGAUUUAAAUUACUGUAUACAACUGUAUGCUUAUUUCUCUCUUAAAUUUGAUAAAACUACCAAAAGUGGAAAAUCGUGCAAACAUCCUGCCCCAGACAUCUGAACUACAUCGUACACAUGGACUUGCUAAACUUUAGGUUCAUAGUUACAACAACUUGAAGUUCUACAUCAAGACAGAAGAUGAGGAUUGAUUCUUUCUUCAACUAACCAACUAACCAUUUACCCAAUAAUGGUACUCUGAAUUGUUCUGCAAGAAGUCAAUAACAUGUCAAACACAUUGUGAUGGUGAAUCGAGAAUAACAUUAUUCCAGUAAAACUGCCGAUGUCUCAGAUUAACCUCUCAUAUAACAAGACAUCCCCUCAGAUGACAUUUGGGUGGCUCACGAUCUUAAUUAAUCCAAAGAUUUUGUUCUUAAUCAUCAGAUGGUGGAUUAAGAAGAUCUCCAUCAUCCAACAGUUAUUGUAAAUCACCUCUGCACCGAGUGUACAAGAAGUCACUUGACCAAACUGCAUAACCACCGGUAGUAGUGGUAUAGAUUUGUAUGCUUAUCUUCCCGGACCAUGUAAUAAAAUGCAAAUACAUCCAUCCCAACGAGAGAUGAUGUCCACAGGGAUUGAAAUUAAAUUCAACCAGGGUUUGAGGCUCAGAAAGACCUUGUUUGGGGUGGGCACUAUUGUACGGUGUGACCGUUUUGAACUCACCGGGGAAGACCAAUUCGGCCUAUUGGGAGAAAAUGCUAGUAAUAUUUGUAAACCUGGGAAACAUUCGAGGUUCGUAACCAAAUGAGAAUUGCCGAAUUGGUAAUUUGUAGGGACUGUAGGGUGGAAAAAAUCAAAUGGGCACUUAGUCGGUCGGAGCAAGCAAGCUCGUGAAGGGUUUGAAUCUACAGUGGCCUGCGGUUCGCUCAAUACAAUCAAGAUAGACUCGUCGGAUGAAGAUAAUGAUAGUGGUAAUAAUAAUUAAUUGUGUUGCCACUGAUGAUGGUGAUUCUACCAAUGAUGAUGAUGUUGAUCGUGGUGGUAAAUUAGAGUCACAACAGGAAUUAAAUGAGAUCGUAAUACUCUAAACAAGCUUUUUUUAUCAAUAUAAUUAAACAAUUACAAGCCUCACACAAACAACAAUUACAAUUGUAACAAACAACAAAUAACAAUUACAAGCUGAUAAAUUAUAACAAACGUUAGUUAUAUAUUUAAAAUGUUGUAACUUUUAUCCAUUAAUAAGUAAAGUAAACAUGUACCUAAAUAUUUUAUUCUA